AUGGCGUCUUUUGUGGAAGACUUGUGGUCGAGCAUCUUCACCCCGGGUCCCACCCCAACCCUUCUGAUCGCGACCAACGUCGCUUUCGCCGCCCUGCAGGCGAUCUUCUUCGCCCUCCUCCUAGCCACCUACAGCCUUCACUUCGUCGCUCUGUCUAUCAUCAGUGGUGGACUAUGGUACGCCAUUAACUGGUUCGCUGCGGAGGUGAAACUCGCUCAGCAAGCGCAGGAGGCCGAGAAGAAGGAACAAGAGAAAGCUACACCGGAUACCGACAGCGACACAGAAACCGAGGUUGACAGGGGAGUCAAAGGGGUCAAAGAGGUCAACGAAGGCAAAGCUGCAUCCUCGACGAGCAGCUCAGCUUAUUUACAGCCUGACCCGAAGAAAAGACCCAGCACUGGUGGGGAUGGUUCUGGCUAUGGAAGUACCGACAGCGAGUGGGAGAAGGUGGACGACCAGUGA